GGGUGGGGGCAGGGACGACCCCUCCUGCCUGCCACUUUCACUUUCCCUCGUGGGAAACUUUGUCGCUAUGGGGCGGGGGCGGCGCGAUCCGGAACUAGCUGGGUUUAGGCUUCUUGGCGGCGGAGCCCGUUGGGUCCCCCCUGGAGCAGGCAAGGGCGGCUGCAGCGGGCGCCCAGCAGAUGCUUCGCAGCCCCACGCGGCAGCCGUAGCCGGGAGUAGGACGCCGCAAAGUUCCCGCGUGGGAGCCUCCCGGGCUUUGGCCACCGAGACCAGCUCCUCGCGCGGCUUCUCCGUUAGAGUGGCGGGGACAGAGGUCCCGGGGGAGUCAAGUUUCAGGUCGCGUGUCCCAAUCCGUGGCCUCUGCAGGGACAAGCUUCUGCGCGUUUUAAGGUCAAGUUUUCGUACUGCGGAGCGGGCCAGAUAUCGUACCCCCCUUGCAAAGUGGAGGCGUCUUGCUGGAGGCCUGGGAACCUCUGGGGGAAUCCCAGACGGAGAGAAGGGACUCCAGAGCGAAGGACGUGGGCGUGGGCGUGCCUCCAGGGUGGGCACGGUGUGCUAAUGAAACCGCCAAACUUCCAGACCUGAAAGACUCCGGAAGAGGCACUGCAGGAGAAUCGUGCUCUAAAGAAGCAGUGUGGAGAAUGACUUUCACGUCCCGCAUUUCCACUGAGGCCUCUGUUCUUGUUACUCUGCAGAAUGAAGAUAUUCAGAUGUUGCUCUAAAUACACACUCCAGCAGAAGCUCUUCGUCCUCUUCUUAGCGCUAUGGCUGCUCUCCUUGUUAAAGCUUCUGAAUGUGGGCCGGCUCCUCUUCCCUCAAAGAGACAUUUACUUAGUUGAAUAUUCCCUAAGUACUUCCCCUUUUGUGAGGAACAGGUUCCCCCCCAUCCGGGAUGAAGUCAGGUAUGAAGUUAACUGCUCAGGGAUCUACGAGCAAGAGCCUUUGGAGAUCGGCAAGAGUUUGGAAAUCAGAAGACAGAACAUCAUCGACCUGGAGGAUGGCGACGUUGUGGCGAUGACCAGCAACUGUGAUAUUUAUCAGACCCUCAGACAGUACCAUGAGAAGCUUGUUUCAAGAGAGGAAAAGAGCUUCCCAAUAGCCUACUCGCUGGUCGUCCACAAAGAUGCGAUUAUGGUUGAGAGGCUAAUUCACGCUAUUUACAACAAGCACAAUCUUUACUGCAUCCACUAUGACCUGAAGUCACCAAACGAGUUCAAAGCCGCCAUGAACAACUUAGCUAAGUGCUUCUCCAAUAUCUUCAUCGCUUCCAGACUGGAGGCCGUGGAGUAUGCCCACAUAUCCAGGCUCCAGGCUGACUUUAAUUGCCUAUCAGACCUUCUCAAAUCUUCAGUUCAGUGGAAGUAUGUCAUCAACCUGUGUGGGCAAGACUUUCCCCUCAAGUCAAAUUUCGAAUUAGUGUCGGAGCUGAAAAAACUCCAAGGCCAGAAUAUGUUAGAGACGGUGAAACCUCCUACUGGCAAAAUGGAAAGGUUUACCUACCAUCAUGAGCUCAGAUCGGUGCCUUAUGAAUACAUGAAGCUCCCAGUAAAAACAAACAUCUCCAAGGAGGCUCCACCUCAUAACAUUGAGGUGUUCGUAGGCAGUGCCUAUUUUGUUCUAAGUCAGGCAUUUGUUAAAUAUAUCUUCAACAGCUCCCUCGUUGAAGACUUUUUUGCCUGGUCUAAAGAUACAUACUCUCCCGAUGAACACUUUUGGGCUACCUUGAUCCGGAUACCAGGAAUACCCGGAGAAAUUUCCAGAUUGGCCCAGGAUGUAUCUGACCUACAGAGUAAGACCCGCCUGGUCAAAUGGAAUUAUUAUGAAGGCUUCUUCUAUCCCAAUUGCACUGGCUCGCACCUUCGAAGUGUGUGUAUCUACGGCGCUGCAGAAUUACGAUGGCUUAUAAAAGAAGGGCAUUGGUUUGCUAAUAAAUUUGAUUCUAAAGUGGACCCCGUCUUGGUUAAAUGUCUCGCAGAAAAACUUGAAGAACAACAGAGAAAGCUCAUCACUUUGUCUUCACAAAAGUUCAUUACAGGUAGAAAACCCAGAGUCACACGCCAUCGUAAGAGCACCAUGGAGCUGGGACUGUCUAACACAAAGAGUUAAGAUGGAAUUGUGGACCCAAGCCUUGCCCAACACGAUCGGAACUUUUAAUGCUUUCCCAGGCUGAACCUUCUCUAGAAUUCCAUGCAUGGACUGUGAGCCUGCAGUUGGUUGGGUUUUGAAUGCUGGUUUUGCUUGUUCUCUUACCGAGUCAGAGAUCUCAAAUGUUUAGUGAUAUAACUUUUAUUGAGCACCUGACACUGCUCCAGGCACCUUAUGGAAAGACAUGCAGGGAUUAAAUUCAAGUCAUAAUGAGUUGUGCCCUCAGGAAGCAAUGCUCACCCUCCUAACGUGGCAACUGCGGUGUUUUCCUGUUUUCCGUGUAACGAGGAGGGUGCUACUGGAGAGGACUUUGGAGUAUGUGCUAAUCACAGCCACUAGUCUCUGAAAGGGUGUGAGUGCCAGGCCAGCUCUCUACCUGUUUCUUAGUCCAGCAACCGAGACACUUUUGAACUGUUAGACUAUUAGGAUUUCACUACCUCAGAGAAGCGCAAAGAAUUGUCUGAUCGCCUGCUUGCCAAAGUGUAACUUACCUUUCGGUGCCUCACUUUUUGAUUCAGGGCGGACGGAAUGCUGCUGGUGUGAUAUUCGUCGGGUAUGACUGUCUGAGAAGGCAGAGGGCCCGGGUGGUAGGUGGGUUGGGACAGGUGAUGUCCAAAGAGGAGCCAAGGGCCUCUUUACUCAUCCUUUGCACAAUGGUGUCAUGAACGACUCUCUUUCUAAUUCAUUUGUUCUUUAUAGCACACAUACUAAUGAAAAUCAAACUGACUACUAGUUCAAAAUGGCACCCAGCAGAACCUCAGGCCUAAGGUAGGUUGACAUUGAUAGGUUGACAUUGUGGAUGUGAUGGCGCCCUUGCCACAGUAGCAUGCUUCUGAUGGAGUUGCUAGUUCUUUCUUAGGUAACUAAGCCAGGGAGUUAUUGUGAUUGCUUACACAUUUUUCUUUUUCAGCAAAAUGGAAUCCAAAUUCAAUUCAAAAUAAUAAACACUCCAAGUUAGUGUAGUGUUUUUCUCAGCUGAGCAUCAAAGGGGGUAUUGUUUUCUUUAUUUUACAAAUGCUAGCACUUAAGAGAAUCAUUUAAUGGGCACACACAGAUAAGUUUCAGGGGAACUGGAGGGUGUCCUGACAGUUAAGAGCUCUUAACUGCUGCUUUUGCAGAAGACCCAAUACCAGAUAGCUCACAACUGCCUGUAAUUCCAGCUCUAGAGAAUAGAGUACCCUCUUCUGGCCUCCAAGGGCACCUACACCCAUCUGCAUACACAUACACACACACACAUACACACAAAGAUAAAUUAUAUGUUUUUAUUGAGUUUGAGUUUUGCAGAGAACCUGCCCAGGUCUGUUGGAGGGUGAGGCCUGAAGAAGCUAUCAUUUCACUCUCCCUGGGCUUCUGUGUGCUGACCACACAAAAACUUGUGGCUUCCUAACAGGUUUUUUUGCAACUCCAGGGAAAUGCCACAUAAAGCGGAGAGAAAUGUUGAAAUAUCAGUGUGAUAAGAGUAUAAGACAAACACAGGUCCCAACUUUACUGUGAGACUUAAACACAAAGAGAGGCCUCUGCCGUGAGGGAACCUCUGUCACCAAAUUCAGGUCUGAGAAAAAGCCCCGCCAGGGCAGAAGUUUCUUCUUCAGCCAGUAGCAUUGACAUGCUGGCUGGCUGGUUUACACAGGGAAUGAGGAUAAGAGACACUUCACUAACCAUCCAGGGUCAAACUCCAAAGGUCUUGGUUUAAAAAGAAAAAGAUUCUCUUUUUGUUUUUAUGACUUUAGUCAAACAGAAUGUAAGUACAACAGAUGAGAAGCAACUACCUGGCCCCUUUGUCUUUCUGGAGAGAAAGGCCCGCUUCCUGUUUAUUAGAAAGUGGACGUGGUCAGACAAAGACAUGGCAAUGCCUUCUUUUCCCUGUGGACAUGCUUCUCCGGACCCAGAAACAUUAGCUGCUCACAUUUUGGGGAGCUUGCCAAAGCACAGGCUCUUGUCUUGGGAACCCUGUACGUUCCCUGUUCACUUUCAGAACUGAUUCUUAUAAAAACCUUUUGCUAUACAAGCCCUUCCCCAGUCUGAGACUGCUCAACACUGCUUUGUAAUUGUUCUUUGUUUAGUAUUUAUUGAAUUUAGACUCUAAUUUACUCUAGGAUGAGAGUUUACAAAUCAUGUGUGAAUAUUAAAAGAAUAAUGAAAGCCUUCACAAUAUAUUAUGUGAUCAAGCUACUGUACCAUAGAUGUGUGUGUACUGAAAAGCCGGAAUUGCUAUUUUUCUUUCAUCUAUCUUAAAUAAAAAUAUCAUUGAAAGUUAGAAUUUCAGAGCUGGAGAGAUGUCUAGCAGUUAAGAGUGCUGGCUGCUCUUCCAGAAGACCCAAGUUCAAUUCCCAGCACCCUCGUGGCAGCUCACAACUGUCUGUAACUCUAGUUCCAGGGGAUCCAACAUCCUCUUCUGGCCUGGCACCAGGCACACACAGGAUGCAUGGACAUGACAUACAUGCAGGCAAAACACUCAUGCACAUAGCAUAAUGAGGUGAAACCUAAAGAUUUCUCUUGACUUCCAGAAUGUGAAUAUAUACAUUCUUCUAUAUUUCAUAGAAAAUAAAAUGACACUCUGGGGAAUGUAAAGUGAAUGUAUUGUUAAGUAAAUUAAAAUCAUUUCUGUUGCUGGUGUUCUUCAGUUGUUUUCUUAUCGCUCUCUAAGCUCCUUUGAUUGUGUUGUCCGUGUCUACCAUUUCACUAAUAAAUUUCCCAUGGAUGCA